CCACAGUCGUACGAGACCAGUAUCAAGUCACCUCUUGUUGAUCAAAUGACUUUGGGACGAUCGAAUAUCCACAGAAAUUUCAGAACAGCUUCGCUGACUGCUACGGACGUUUAUCAUGAGCGCUUCAACCCCCUUGCGGCAGCAAACUAAGCUGCAGUACUCGCCUGUCAGUCUCCUUGACACGGAUGUAGCCCGUCUGUACGCGCAUAUUCAUCCUAUAACGUUGCUCUCAAUUUAUUUUCUGAGCUUCAAACUCAUUGUUGCCGAUCCAAUCUCAGCCCUAUCAUCAUUGCUACUGCCAUUGGCAACGCUACAAGCUGCGUACGUUGUAGUUUGCUUCCCACCCACUGGCUCUCACGCAGUUCCUGGACACAAAAGCGGCGGACCAGCAAAGGGAGGCGCCCUCAAGAAAGGAGCAAAGACCAAGGGAGAGAUUACGCUUGGAAUGAGAGUCAUUCCGGCCUUGAUAUCACUACUCCUCUCUCUUUCAUUGGGAACACCACUCUUCCUCUUCCUCACAGUCUUGUUCGGUGCUCCGAUCACUACCCACAUCCCACACACAGUUCUGCUCGCGGCACACCUCUCUCUUCUCACCGCACUUCCAAUCAUCUACACACGAGGCAUUGAUCGAAGUACGUGGCGCGCUGUGGGAGCUCUUCUUCUCCCCAUAGAUGAGACGUUCGGCGCAGCUGUAGGCGCUUGUCUAGGUGCUUGGGUAGGCGCCGUCCCCAUUCCACUAGAUUGGGAUAGAGACUGGCAGCGAUGGCCGGUUACAGUUCUAACCGGGGCCUAUGUUGGUUGGGCGGUUGGCAAGACAGUCGGGGCAUUCCUCUUCAAAGGCGCCAUUAUCAAUCUUGGGCCCUGAGCUUAGUAUUCACCAGAUUAUGGAUGCCUUGUUGAUCUGGCAAGUCCUCGCCUGCAACACCGCUUAGAGGAAGUGCAACUAAAUUCCCAACAUCGCUGUGGGUGACGGAUAAAUGCGAAGCUUGUUGCGGAAUGCUCUUGACACACGUCUUAUCUCAACAAACUCCUGUUUUGAGCAGGUCCAAUCGCGGAAGACUGAAAUAACCUGCCUUGUCGACAUAUUCAAACAAAAGUGGCAUCGAAUAACACUUUUUGCCUUCACAUGAAGAAAGGAAGGGUCGAUUCAAUGUUUAGCAAAGGACGUAUUAUUACACUACCCAAUCGACAGCGCAGGACAUUCUCAUGACCUUAGAUCAGGGGCCAUGUUAAACAAAGACAAGUUUUACCGUUCAUUUACUUCUUGAUCUUCACGUUACGCAACUCUCCAAAGUGAAAUAGUCAGUAGGCUUAUUUCAAACGACUGAGCCCCUUUCGGUACCAAAGCGUGGAUUAAACGAAUGAGUGCAUUUUUUGAUUUUCUCAUUUUAUCUAAUUUGGCAAACUCCGGCCAAGCGAGGAAUAUCUCGAUUGGAACGAUUGGUGCUCUCCACGAUACGCUAGAAGACAAAGACUCAAGAGUCUAGCUGAUGGGGUCUAUCAUAAGCAACACCGGAGUCCAUUCCCUUAAAGACAGGUCGACCUGUCAGCUUCGACAUUAUGCCGAUGCCUUAAAGUGCGUCAGUGUGCUGAGUAGCAUACACGGAUCUCAUCUUCCAUGGGAACCGAUGGGAAGACGUGCGGAUGUGCCGGAUGCUUGUGGAGCGUACGUGCUUGGCCAAAGCCUGCUGUAGACUGGCAAUUGGGCUUUGUGUAAUGUAUGGAACGGCGGACCGCUAGGAUCUAUCCACGUACCAAGCGAGACUGCAGAACAGCAUCUUAAGAACGUACUGCAUCUUGUCAAAAGCUUGUUUUACUCUAAUGCCUCCA